GCUUCUUUCCCACGAGAGGUUAUUAUAGACCGAGUAGGAGAAGGGAAGCGAGCGGAGGCCGUAUAUCACCACCGCUUGCCGCACUCUUCUCAUAGGAAGCGCGCCAUCAAAUCUUCAUCUUCCACCACUUCUCUCCGUCUCUUUCACUUGGUAAUUCCAUCCACUCCCACCAUGGACCAGUCAACGGCCUACGAACCACACACCCAACUCCUUCCUACCUCAAAAGACCCUUUGGAGAAAGCAGCCGCAAAACGCAGGAGCAAAGCAAGGAAGAAUGCCACUGCGUCCGGCGGACGAACGGCAGCCCGUCUUCGCCUCUGCAUCCGCAUCCUCUCCUUCGCCCUCACAGCUACCAUAGUCGUCGUCCUCGCUCAUGCCGUCUCAGUCUACUACUCCACUCGCAGCAAGACGACAAACGAGAACGCCUUGCAUGUGGAGCUGAGGAUGUGGCCGACAGAUCUGGUCAUGAAGCCCACGCUCUUGCUGCUCGGUGCUGCGGCGACUGCGACGCUGUUAAGUGGUGUUCUGUGUCUUGCGAGUUUAGUUCCAGCCGUUCGCCACAUAAACACUCUCGGUAAUGUCUCUACCACCAUCGUCUCCACAAUCUGCAUAGCGCUCUGGAUCGCUGUUCUCGCCUACUACCGCGUCGUCGACGUCGACGCGUCCUCCAAGCACGACCUCCUCACUUUCACCUGCCUGCACCAGAAGAACACGCAUAUCUUCCAGGUGACGGGGAAUAUGCAUAGUUUGUGUCUGCAGAUGCGGUAUAGUUGGUGGGGCGCUGUUGCUGUAGGAGUGCUAGAGGUUGGUGCUCUGGUGACGGUGGUGUGGGGUUGGAUGGUGAUGAAGAAGGAGGGGUCUUAUGUAGAGAUUGGGAAGGGUGACAGAAAGACGGGUGGUCGUUGAGUUGGUAUGGUGAGGCGGGUAGAGUGUAUGGGUUAGAGGGGCGGAUGAAGAAUGUGGAGCUUAAUGAAGAGCAGAGACAACGAGACAGCCCGGUUUUGUGUUGCAUACAUUAUGUACUGUUCAAUUGAUGGCGUCGUCCACGAUCUGAAGGGGAAGACCAGUCGAAGCGCGCGAUCGCAGUGAAGAUUAGCGCAACCUAUAGGGCCAACAUGGGCGGUAUGAAGAGA